UGAACAUACUGUUCAUUACAUGAACUUACUCUGAACACAGCUGCACAAGAUGUCUGCAGAGCUCUACACUGCAAGUGGACCAGGUGGGAAAAAUCUUCAAGGCACCACAGUUGGGGGCAGCAAACCUUUACAUCGCUUCAUUAAGGGCCAACCCAAGAUUACUGGCAUCAUUGUGCUGGUCUUGGGCGUGUCCUUCUUUGUCAUUUCCAUUGCAGUUACGGGAGACAGUACUUAUCAUCCUGUAUGGCUAUGGACAACCAUCCCGCCUGGCUUCUUGCAGGGAACACUGUUCAUCAUAUGUGGGAUUCUGUAUAUUGUGACAGAGCACAAUCCGACCAAGAAAACAGUCACUGUAUCAUUGGCUCUGAGUAUUGUGACAAUACUGGGGACAUGUUGGACUCUCUUGCACAUCCUGCCUGAAUUAGGACACAGCCACUACUAUAGGUACUAUGAGUUUAUAGAAGAGAAUAUGACAGAGAUCGAUGAUGCAGCAUGGUCAUCACAUUAUGAGGCCAUGGGGGUGACGAUCGAGGCGAUCUUUGUAUUCUACAGUUUUGUUGGAGGAAUUAUUUUCAUUGUAAUGUCAACUCUAGCCGGGGCUGCCCUGCGUUCCACAAAGAGUCAGGCUAUUGUAGUGAUGACCACUAUGGCAGCUGAAACUCCAGUUGAAUGACGAGCACAAGACUGAAGUGGGCAGAAAAGAAAUGUGAAGCAUACAGUAACAACAAAGUAUAUCUCUUUGUGGGUACAACAUGAUACCUGAAUGAUACCUAAAUAUCAACCAGCUCUCACUAGGAUGUUGUGGUCAUUGUUUAAAAUACAAUACAGGUCCUAUGUAUGUGUGA